GUAGUCGCCUCUCAUUUCCGGAAGAUUUCACAGGCUAGCCAGAAAAUGAAAGUAUUGCUCCAGCUGAGUGGGCAUUUAAAGCUGUCUCGCUAGCGCGGUUUGCGGACUCCCUCCAGUCAAAUGUUUUGUUUUAAGGAGUCUGUCACAAUGAACCCGGUGUCAGUUUUACUAACGGACGGUGAAAGCUGCCGCUGCCUCGCCGUCGUUUAUAACAACUGAGUCGCGGCUCAUCGCGUGCGUUGUCAACAUUUCAAGCGACUGCGGUCUUAGCCGGGAAGCUAACUUGACAGCCGGGUUAGCAUAGGUUUUCUAGCAUCAGCCUGUUAGCGCCUAGUUACCGUCUCCAGGAACAAUGGCUAACGUUACAGACCUGCAAACGAAAUACAGCAAGCUGGCGCAGGAGUACUCAAAGCUCCGAGCCCAAAACCAGGUCCUGAAGAAGGCAGUGGUGGAUGAGCAGGCCAACUCUCUCUCACUGAAGGAUCAGCUGAAGCAGAGGGACCAGAGUCUGAGGAAACAGGAGCAGGAGAUGGACAGCCUCAGCUUCAGAAACCAACAGCUGGCCAAGAGGGUGGAGCUGCUACAAGAGGAGCUUGCUGCUAGCGAGGCCAAGGGCAAAAAGGGGAAGAGCAAAGGAGACUCUCCCUUACAGCAUGGCCUGCAGACCCAGAGUGUUUUUGAUGAGGACCUGCAGAAAAAGAUAGAAGAAAAUGAGCGACUUCACAUCCAGUUCUAUGAAGCCGACGAGCAGCACAGGAGGAAGGAGGCCGAGCUGAGGGCCCGACUGGAGGAGCUGGAGAAAGACGCCGAGCAGCACCAGGCCGUCGUGGACGGGCUCACCACGAAGUCCGUGGAAACGAUAGAGCGGCUGCAGGGCGACAAAGCACGUUUAGAGGUGAAAGCACAAACUCUGGAGAGAGAAGCAAAGGAGUGCCGAUUGCGAACAGAGGAGUGUCAGCAGCAGUUGAGGCGGUGCCAGUCGGAGCUGAACCGACAGGUGAAGCAAAGCAGCAGUGUUAUCCAGGAGAAAGUGCCCUUCAAUGACACCAAAUUCAGUGACUACAACAGCCUAAAUGUGCCGUCACACAACCGAAGGCACCAGCUUAAGGCCAGAGAUGUGUCUGGCCAGGCUCUGGGUUUUAUCCAGGACCUUGUGGCUGCUUUGUUGAACUUCCACUCCUACACAGAGCAGAGAGUUCACAUCUAUCCCAAGGACUCCUCCAUUGAGCCAAUAUCCCCUCUUAACCAGAAGUUUUCUCAGUAUCUACAUGAGAAUGCAGCCUAUGUGCGCCCCCUGGAGGACAGCUUUCUGCAGUUAUACCAAAGCAUCACAGAGGACACCGUCACAGUACUGGAGACUGUGGUCAAGCUGAAGAGCUUCGCUGAUAAUUUCUCCUCGUACACCCACUUUCUGCAAAAGAUUCUCCCUUACCAACUGAAAAGCCUGGAAGAAGAGUGCGAGGCACCUCUUUGUACCACUGCCCUCACUGCAAAAAACCGGGAGCUGCAGAGUGACAUCAAGCGAGUAACGUCUGUGUUUGAGAAACUGCAGAACUACAUUAACCUUUUGGCCUUACCCAGUGUUCGGCAGGAUGCCAUGCCACAGAGCAGCACUUCAGCUGUCUUCACCCAGCUGGCUGCCUGCCUACACAGUCUUCACGAUGCCGUUAUAGAGAUGUCAAAGCAUUACAACCAGAAGGCCAGCAUUGAGCAGGAGCUCCCCACCGUCACCCAAAAGCUCAGCACCACCACAGAGUGCCUCCUGGGAUCGCUGGGCUCUCUGACCAGCAGCACCGGCAAGAUCGCCACAUUCUUCAGCAACAACAUAGACUUCUUCACGUCGUCAGGCUACAAUCCGAGAGGGAGCACGGUGGUGCUCAACCCCCUGCAAGCUGAGAGCAUGCUGGCCAACAAGAAGAAGGCAGCGGACUAUAUCCAUGCCGUGAAAAAGGCCCGGCCUCAGUCCGUCCCCUACAGAGAAGCACUGUCAAACCGUCGCAUACUGACCAGCUCCACUGAGAGCAGAGAGGGCCUCACUCAGCAGGUGCAGCAGAGCCAGGAGAAGAUCGCCCGCCUGGAGCAGGAGAAGGAGCACUGGCUCCUCGAGGCCCAGCUGGGGAAGGUGCGGUUGGAAAAGGAGAACCAGCGCAUUGCAGACCUGGAAGCUCAGCUCGCUGCAGCUCUAGGGGGAAGUCCGAACUCGCAAACAGCUGCAGCCAGCGUCCUCACACAGAGCCACGAAGAAGCGGAGACGGAUCUGAAAGCCACAGGGAAGGAGGCAACGCUCUGCACCAGCCUGGUUGGCAUGUUGUGUACAACUCCUACAGUGGAGCAUGUAGGAGACGAGGAGUCCAGGGAGCAGCUGAUAAAGACUCACUACAUGGCCAGAGUGGGAGAGCUCACCACCCAGCUCCAGAUCUCAGACAGCAAAGCUGUGCAUUUUCACUCGGAGUGUCGGGCUCUGGCUAAGAGAUUAACCAUUGCGGAAAAGUCACGGGAGGCGCUGAACGAGGAGAUCAGGCUGGCUAAUCAGAACAUCACACGCUUGCAGGAUGAGCUGGCCACGACUAAGAGGAGCUACGAAGACCAGCUUAGCAUGAUGAGCGACCAUCUGUGCAUCAUGAAUGAGACUCUGAGCAAGCAGAGGGAGGAAAUCGACACGCUCAAACUGGGCAGCAAGGGAAACGCCAAAAAGAACAAAAGUCGCUAGAGCUGAGCCCUUGAAGAUCCGCCCUUGGGAGAAGAUCCGUACUGUGAAGCUUCCCAUCAGCGUAUCGGUACCGACACUGUCACCAAACCACAGGAAGGCCACGCGAGCCUCAGACUCCGCCGCUGUCGGGCAGCGGCAAUGAAAACGAACAGUUUGGAGGCACCGACGCGUUUGACUGACAUAAACAUUUUCUUUUCCUUUUCCUUGUCACAGCACCAGUUAAAACAAAAUAACACGAUUUCAAAAAAAAAAAAAAUGUUUUCUUAAACUGUAGCGGAAGUUGCUGUUUGACCUUUGUGUCGAAGCACGGUGGGAGAGAAACUCCUAUUUUCCAAAACAGCUGAAUUACAAGAUAAACAGUCGACAAUGGUAGAAACUCACAGAAGACUUGAAGACCAAACCCUGUUAAUCGAUGUGUGUGUGUAGUUUUCCUGCUAAAUGUUUGUGCGAGAGAGAAAAUGAGAAUUCGUCCUUAUCUGUGAGCAUAGGCGAACAGAGUAAAUGUCGCUGUGGCUGCGAGUGUUCCCUCAUUGUGUGACUAGAGCACCAGGCUUUACAACAUGUGAGUAAUGUUUUACGAUUAAAUAUUUUUUUUUUUUUUUAGAUCAAAUUUGAGAUUAUGUGGUUCCAAGGACCUGUAUGUUUACUUACAGCGUUACACCCCGUUCUAACACAUGCGUCAUAUAUGACAAGCCUCUGAACAGAAGGGCUGAAUGGAUGAAAAAAAAAAAAAAAAAGACACACUUGAACUCAUUCCGUCCUCCUGGAAGGGGAGAAAAGAAGGACAGACGUCUGCCUCCAAUAACUGAUUAACUGUGUUUACCUUGCAAGGGACGGACAAGUCGGAGCUCGUGAAAAUGGCGCGAGUCUGUCUGUGAAGUUACUCUGUUAGUCGUUUUUCUCACCAAAGUAAGCGUUUCACAGGAGCCUGGUGCAGCACUGCUGUCUAAAUUAAUGUACGUGGAUGAGAAGGGUUAAUUGAAAUCAUGAUGUAAUUGUACUGUUUCUAAAAAUAUAUAUAUAUAUGUAUACAAAACAAAAAACACAUUUAUUCAGAAGUUACAAAUCUUUAUUUUCCACACAUUUUGAAAACUGGAUCUGUAGUUAGUUUGUGUGUGUGUCUCGUGUACGGCCAGAUCACUGGGAAGCGUGAAAGAGGGUUCGGUCCGAACAGUAACUGAGACAACAGGUGAGUCAUGGCAGAGAGCAGUUCAAGUUUACAGUAAAUAGAAUAGCGUGAGGUCGAUGAAAGAGAAGCAGAGCGUUGCUCAUGAGCGGUUCAUUCAGACUUCUUGUUUGCCAGAGGGCCGCUGCCAGCAGACUUUGAUCGCAAAGAUUUGCCCCCAUAUCAGAUUAUUAUAAAUAAAUGAACAAAAAAACUUGUACUCUCACAGUGUAACCUGUUGAAAAGCACAUAUUAAUAUGUGAAACAAAAUAAAGACCUACUCACAAUGUAAA